CCAACCAUGAUAGUGAUAGUAGCAUAUAGCUGUUGUAGCUACGGUACCAGAAGUAGCAGCAGAAGCAAUUAGUAGUAAUGAAAACGAACAGACACAGUAACGCAUCAGUAAUAGGUAGACCUAAAUUACGGACAGCACCUGAACGCGUCACUCUGCAGCUGGAUACUUUCGGUUACCUCAGAGAAAACAGUACCAACAGUGAGAUAGCAGUAAUUUGACACACAGGUCGUUCCUGCAGAGCCACGCGGAUUAAAUUAAUUAACAGUCGGUGACAGCAGGAUUUACUCUGAACCUGGACCGUCUUAAUAAAGUUUAGAGUCACUGUUUUGUGAGCAGAGUCUUUAACAUCCUGAUUGAAUUCACCUUCCAACUUAAAAAAAAAAACUGGGCAAAAUUGCGUCUGCCAUGUCCAAACUACCAGGAAAUGCAGGUGUGUCGGUGCUCGGGGACAAGUCGCUGGAGUUUUACCGGGACCCGGUGAGCUUCUGCCGGCAGAGGAUCGAGAAACACCAGAGCAGAGUGUUUCAGUGCCGCCUGCUGAACAGACCGACCGCCUUCAUCUGCUCCGUGCAGGGAGCGAGAGAGCUGCUGUGUGAGAAGUCCAACUUGUUUCUGAAGGAUCCAACUGACCUGAUGACCAACAUGUAUGGUGACACCGUUGUCACCACUAAUGGUGAGGAGGCAUGUCUCCUCCGUCUGUCUCUCACCAGCCUGUUCACAGGAAGUUGUCUGGAAUCAUCAAGUGAUUAUAUCACCAGUGUAUGUGAGCGCUGUCUGAAGGACCUCUCUCUCAGUGGCCAGCCAGAGUGUGUGUACUCUGCCUGUAAGCGUCUGGGGACAGAGUUGGUGUUGGGCCUUUUUCUGAACGUACGAGCGGAGGAGCAGCCUGAACUUUUCCAGGAAAUCGCGCAUCUCUGCACCCAGCACUGGCAUGGUCUGAUAUCUGCUCCGGUGAACGUGAAGGUUCCUCUGUGGUCAUCGGGUUUCUCCACCGCUCUGGACGCCAGAGACAAACUGAUGGACAUCAUCAAAGACAAACUGGAGAAUGACAAACAGGGUUUUGUCGGCUCUCUUGGUUCUUUGCCGCUGCCUGACUCCAGCGCUGCCUCCCAGCACCUCCUGUUGUUCAUCUCAGCUCUGAUCCCCAAAGCUCUGGCGUCGCUGCUCACCUCCUUCACACUGGCACUCAGUGGAAAUGAACAGACACGGCGACGAGCGAUGGAAGACCCCGAUUACCUGCAUAGAGUACUGCUGGAGGUGCAGAGACUGUGGCCUCCUUUCAUUGGUGGACGCAGAAUAGCUGUUCAGGACUCCACCCUCGCAGGGUUUCUUGUCCCAAAGGGUUAUGGUGUGAUCUAUAUCAGCCACUCUGUCCACCGCGACCCAGAGAUGUUCCAGCAGCCGGACAGCUUCCUGCCGGAGAGAUGGAGCGGAACGAAUACAGUCCAGGAGAACUUCCUGUGCUCCUUCGGCAGCGGGCCCAGAGGCUGCAUUGGAGCUAAACUUACCGAUAUCUUCCUUAAGGGAUGGAGGAGAGGAUGCAACAGAGCUGACGUAAAAUACGGUCUAAAUUUGUAGAAGAAGUACUGUAGCACUAACAAUAUCACUGGUGUGAGAUAGAGGGACCCAGUUAGAUUGAUUAAACUCUCCUGAGACUGCUUACUCUAGCUGUGUAUGUGGAAACUAAAAAUUGUGUGAUUUAAGGAUGAGAUUAUUAUUAUGGGAAAGAAUAUACACUGUAUAUAUUCUAUUUUUAAUGAUUAAUUAAUUGGGAAUGUGUUCACUAAUGGGAGAAAAAUGGGAAUCCAAGAGGACACCAGCAUAGGGAAGUGAAAAUUGGGAAGCUUCUGGGAAAUUUGUAGAGGACCUGCUACUGGACGAAGGCCAAUGCUACUGUAACUAUCGAUGUACUGUAACUGACAUAAUAUGGCAUAUAAACAAAGAAUAAGGUCAGUAUGAUUAGUUCAGAGUUUUGAAGCUUAACACCCACUUAAUGAAAUAAGUAAGAAACCAACAGUGACAGAGCGAGAGAGAGAGGUGAACCAUCCCCCAACCAUUUUGUAAAAAGAGCACUGCUCAUGGGAAUGAUGAAAUACUUGGCUGUGUAUGUGUGUGUGUGUGUGUGUGUGUGUGUGUGUCUGUGUGUUUAUUAGAGAUAUCAGAUGGAGAACCAGAGAGCCCAGGUACAGACUGUGCUGUUUAAACCACCUGCCAGUCCCCAUGGCAGCACUCACCAAAGCCACCAUUGCCUAUUUACUCUGGAGACACACACACACACACACAUACAUGCAUACACAGCCUAUGGAAGGCACCAGAACAAGUCAGGUGUGUCACAGGUGUGACAACAGGAAACAGAGAGAUUUAUUUCCCAUCUGAGGAUAUUCCCUCUGGAAACAGCUGUGAGUGUGUGUUGUGAGCCUUUUCAGUGGGGAGUCGGGGGGUGACACCAACUUGAAAACAACCACUGUGAGUCAGUGGAUUCCAAGGUUUCAACUUACGUUGUAAGGAUCCCCUCUGAUUUUCGGUAAUCACAGCCAAACCUUGUGUAGGUUAAACAGUUCUGACAAAAGGAUUGAAUAUAUAAUUUUUUUGUCACAAGCAACAAAGUGAAACUUAAUAGACUCUCUCCUACGCCCCACCGUCCUCAGUAAGUUUUGCAAACUUUCUGUUCUCGCAAGCACAUAUGCAGUUUACAGUGAGAACGGGAGUAGAUUUACCAUCAAAACUUUUAGUAAUUUUUGAAACAAUAUGACCCUAAUUUCAGACAGAGGUAGACAAAAGCAGACUUGUCGAUGGCAGUGGCUGUCGAUUAAGCUAACUCCAUGAGUUGGUUGAAAACGUUGUGUCUGGCUGACUGUUUCCAGGUGACUCCUUUUGAAACUAGAAAGGGGUCUUGAAUAUGUUCUUGAUGGCUAUAUAGACGAUAUCAUGCUAAAAGACUAAGGCUAAAGCUGGAUGUCCAAGGCCAAAAGUCAGCAUCCUCACAAGAUGAUAAUCCAUUUGGAUGACAUGGAAAUAAGAUUAAUCAUUGUACUGCAGUGUAGAGGUAGUAAGUCCUAGUGUUAUAAGUAUGAUAAGGAAACAUGUAAGAUCUGACCGUCAUUCGAAUAUGCUUAGCUUUUGGGGGGAUAAAGAGUUUGGCUGUGGUCGCUGGAACUUUCCCAAAUCCAAAAAAGAGCAGGACAAAGCUGCUAAUUCUGGCACUCUUAUAUAGUAGCGCCGAGGCAAUGCGCUAAACAGUCUUGUUUUCAUGACGUCUUUCAUUGCCAGGUCAACUGCUUAUCGUUGCUGUUUCUCAGUGAGCAUGGCAAGAAAGACCAGACGAGAGAGCAGAGGGAGGGAAGCAGAUUGCACCAGUCAACCAAUGAGAGGCUUAUCUCAGCAGUUCGCAUCCGUUAAGUCAGACUGUUAAUUAACACACUUAAAGUACAUUAUUUAACCUACACUGGUAAAUUACAGUCACUAGGACAGCAUCUUUAUGUUUUCUUCUCAGAUUAUUAAAGAGCAAAAACAGCAACACAUGCAUAACAGCACAGUAUGGAUGGGGGUGUUACUGCAAGCUAUCCAAAAUGCAACAGUGGGGGAUGACUCAGUCCUACACACACACACGCACACACACACGUUUGUUUUACUAUCCCCGUGGGUGACAGUCAUUGACAUAAUGCUUUCCCUAGCCCCUUACCCUAACCUUAACCUAAUUGUAACCUAUACCCUAAAACCAUGUCUUAACCCUCAAAAAGCAGUCUCUAUACACACACACACACACACACACACACACACACACACACACACACACACACACAGACUCAUGAGUCAUUGUAAAUGUUGGACCUGAUUGAAUGGAGCUCAGGUGAAAAUGUCCAAAGCGGUUUAAUAAUCUGCUCUCUCCUCAUUCAGCUCUCUCUAUUUAGAAUUGGAUUACUUAGAGGCUGCUUUUUUUUAUUGCUUAAGCAAGUGUGCAUGAAUGGGAUAAUGUCGGCAGAACAUUGCUGUCUUACUCAUGCUCUCAUAUAUAUAUAUAUAUAUAUAUAUAUAUAUAUAUAUAUAUAUAUAUAUAUAUAUAUAUAUAUAUAUGAAAGCUGUAAUUGAGGGUUUCUUUUGUACCACUGUGAUAGCAAGUCAUGUGCACACUUUAUUCAAUAGUUGACACAUAUUAAGUAUUAUUUUGACAACACCCAGCAGGUUAUUCUGUUGAUAAGCGAGAAAGAGCUGGUGGAUUUUAUUCUCAGGUCAACAGCAUCCACCAAACUCUUAGUAUUUAAAACAAUUUUAAUAUGUAUUGUAUACUGCCUCAUAAGUCAUAACAACCAGAGGCUGGUAGGUAAAAUAAUGUAAAUACCUCAUGGAGAAGGAUUUAAAUUCUCAUUAUAAAUGAAUUGCAAAAACACUGCUAUAAAUGUCUGUGCUAUUUAGGUUAAAUGCCAUUUAAUAGCAUUUGUCAGCUGGUAAGCUCUGUGAUAUGUGGCUUUCCAAAGCAACAUGAGAUAAAUAGCAGAGCUUCAUAGAGUACCAAAUAAUCUGUGCUAACACUGCUAAGUUUAUUGGUAAAUAAAUACAUGAUUUAAAAAAAAAACCUGCAAAUGUUUUAAAACUGUAUGUCAAGGGGAAUUGUAUUGACGGCUAAUCUUAAAGGAGAACUACGGUUUACCUUAGGUUUCACUGAGCAGCAUAUACAAUGACUGACCCAACACUGCUGUGUGAUAAUGUACAAGAAGUAUACACACUAUCCAUCACCUUGUUAUGGUUCAUUUUGCAGUAAUGAUGCACACGCUGAACCUCAUCUCUCACUGUAACCUGCUCUGUCAUGGCUAAAACACCAGACCAUUUGGCUGUUGAAAGUGUGUCUGAUUGGCUCUCAGCAGACUGACCACACACACACACACACACACACACACACACACACACACACACACACACAGGAGGGCGUGACCAGAGUAAAAAGAAGACCUCAGGGAUCUAGGUCAGAGAUGUGACUCAUCGCCUCCUUGCUUCAUCUUUCCUCUUUCCUCCUUAUUCACCACCCCCACCCUUAUCAUCCCUUCUCCAUUGCUUCACUUCUUUCCUCCCUUCUUCCAUCCCCGUUCAUUCAUCCUGCUCCUCCCCCUC